AUGACUGCUCCUCGAGUUUUCCGCCCGGCAGCUCGCCUGCUCUCUUCGCGCCUUUCCUCUGCCUCUUUCCGUCCGGCCUUCACGCAAUCCGCAUGUGCCCCUUCGAUCCUGCGCUUCCGGGGCUAUGCCACGGCUGGCGGCUCUAAGGAGGUCACCGUGCGAGAUGCUUUGAACGAGGCUCUCGCUGAGGAGCUGGAGGGCAACAAGAAGACUUUCAUUCUCGGAGAGGAGGUUGCACAGUAUAACGGAGCCUACAAGGUCACAAGGGGUCUGUUGGACCGAUUUGGCCCCAAGCGAGUCAUUGAUACGCCCAUCACGGAAGCCGGCUUUACCGGUCUGGCUGUCGGCGCUGCUCUUGCUGGCCUACACCCCAUUUGCGAGUUCAUGACCUUCAACUUUGCCAUGCAGGCCAUUGAUCAAAUCAUCAACUCGGCUGCGAAGACCCACUACAUGUCCGGAGGUAUCCAACCCUGCAACAUCACCUUCCGUGGACCCAAUGGUUUCGCCGCCGGUGUCGCCGCCCAGCACUCUCAGGAUUACUCGGCCUGGUACGGCAGCAUUCCCGGACUCAAGGUCGUUUCGCCCUGGAGCUCUGAGGAUGCCAAGGGUUUGUUGAAGGCCGCUAUCCGUGACCCCAACCCCGUCGUGGUUUUGGAGAACGAGCUUAUGUAUGGCCAGGCCUUCCCCAUGAGCGAGGCGGCGCAGAAGGACGACUUCGUCCUGCCUAUUGGCAAGGCCAAGAUCGAGCGUCCUGGAAAGGACCUGACCAUUGUUUCCCUGUCUCGCUGCGUUGGACAGUCUCUCACAGCUGCUGCCACGCUGAAGCAGAAGUAUGGAGUUGAAGCCGAAGUGAUCAACCUGCGGUCCAUCAAGCCCUUGGACGUGGAGACGAUCAUCCAGUCUCUCAAGAAGACCGGCCGACUCAUGUCUGUCGAGUCUGGAUUCCCCAUGUUUGGCGUCUCCUCCGAAAUCUUGGCCCUGUCCAUGGAGUAUGGCUUCGACUAUCUGACUGCCCCUGCUCUCCGUGUCACCGGUGCCGAGGUGCCUACUCCUUAUGCUCUUGGUCUUGAGCAGAUGAGUUUCCCCCAGGAGGACACGAUUGUCAGCCAGGCUGCCAAGCUGCUUCGUUUGUAA